AUGAUGGGGGCUAAUGAACAAAUCGCAGACAUUUGCGCGAUAGAAGCUUUCCUAGACGCCACGCAGUUCUCGGUGGACAUCCAGGACGACACGGACCACUGCUGCUGCAGAAACAUGACCCAGGCAUCCGUCGACAAUUACGAAGAAGGCAAAGAAGACGGCGCUGGGGCCGCCGCGGAGACCCCGGCCCCAACUGUUCUCGACGAGACGAACGUCGCGGAGUCGGCGUUAGCCCCGGGCUCGAGCAACAACGGGUCCGGCUUGGUGACGGGGGGGAGUACCGCCGCCACCUCGGGGGAGGGUGAUGGGAGCGAUGCGGCGGCGGCGGCGGCGGGUGGGGCUGUGGGUAUCGCGUUCGCUUGCUUCGUGAUCGGGGCAAUUUUCGGGGGCGUGCCGGCGCUCAUGUACUUCCGGAGCUUCAGAUAUGAGCAGAUGAGAGGCGGGGGGCACAGCUACGAGAUGACCUAAAACAACACCUGCUGCUUCGCCUCCGACCGAUUGAUUUAGUUACAGUGCAUGUGGGUUGUUUUGUUAUCCGUUGUAUGCACAUUCAUGUACGUCGGGCGGUUGGGAAGGUGCGGGUUCGCAGCUACUGUAGACUACAGUAGAGGUCCCGGUUUAGUGCCGGUUG